CGCGUUGUGUGCCGGAUUCAGCCCCUCCAUGACAUCCAACGGGACUGCUGCUGUUGCGCACACGGAAAGAGUCGCGAUCGUCAAAUACAUGAUCCGCCUAAUCCCCCAGCCCUCCUCAACCCACAGGACUGUCAGAUAAUAACGCGUUAAAGUGGAAUCGACAGGCCUAACGGACGCGAACAGGAAUAUACCCUUACUUUUGUGAGUAAUUGAUUGGGAUUUGUCGAGGAUGAGGUUCAUCAAGAGCCCGCACGCGGAUGGAGAAAAGAAGCACGAGCUGGCUCCUCCUUUCAGAAACCCGUUCGUGCAUGACUUAAAAUUCACAACACUUCAAAAGCUGCAGAUUGGUUUGAUGACUGUUACGCUAUGUCCCAUCCGGCUCUUGCUAGCUGCAUUCAUGAUGCUAUUGGCCUGGCCGUUCGCCUUCAUCGCUACCGUGGGUCGCUCAGAGUCUGCGGUGGAGCCACAGUGCUUAUGGAGAAAGGUAGUGGACGUGGUGUUGAGGACCAUCAUGCGGGUCAUGUGGUUUGCAGGUGGAUUUCACUGGAUCAGCAUUAAAGGCAGACAGGCUCUGCCAGCAGAGGCCCCCAUUCUCACCCUCGCCCCACACUCUUCAUAUUUCGACGCCAUGCCCGUCACCAUGACAAUGGCAUCCAUAGUAAUGAAAGCUGAAAGCAAAGACAUUCCUGUCUGGGGAACUCUGAUCAAAUACAUCCGACCGGUGUUUGUGUCCCGAUCGGACCAGGACUCCCGAAGGAAGACUGUGGAGGAGAUCAAGAGAAGGGCUCAUUCAGGAGGAGAGUGGCCUCAGAUAAUGAUAUUCCCAGAGGGGACAUGCACCAAUAGAUCCUGCCUGAUCACAUUUAAACCAGGCGCAUUCAUUCCAGCAGUACCAGUACAACCUGUAGUGAUCCGCUACCCAAACCAGCUGGACACUAUCACUUGGACAUGGCAGGGACCUGGCGCAUUUAAGAUCCUCUGGUUGACACUGUGCCAACUGCAUAAUGAGUUUGAGAUAGAGUAUCUGCCUAUCUACACACCCUCAGAGGAGGAGAAGAAGAAUCCUGCGCUCUUCGCUCACAAUGUGCGACGCAUUAUGGCAAAGGCUCUGCAGGUUCCUGUGACAGACUACUCAUUUGAAGACUGUCAGUUAACCAUGGCUGAGGGUCAGAUCAGGCUACCCGUUGACACGUGUUUACUAGAGUUUGCCAAACUGGUCCGGAGUCUCGGAUUGAAACGUCAGAACUCGGAGAAGCUCCUGCAGGAAUACGGGACGAGAGCUCGUAAACUUCAAGGCGAAAGGUUGAGUCUGGAUGAGUUUGCCCAAUUCCUGGACCUACCUGUGUCAGAUGUGGUCCGAGAUAUGUUCACUCUCUUUGAUGAGAAUGAAGAUGGCUCAGUGGACAUCAGAGAAUUUGUGAUUGCUUUCUCUGUGGUGUGUAGGCCUGCAAAAACACUGGAAACCAUGAAGCUGGCCUUCAAGAUGUUUGAGGCAGAAGAGGACGGGGCGAUCACAGAGAAUGAGCUGACUUGUAUCUUGAGGACGGCUCUGGGGGUUGGAGAACUCAAAGUCGGACGACUGUUUAGAGCCAUUGAUGAAGAUGACUCUGGCAAACUCACCUUUGAGAGCUUUAGGAACUUUGCGGAGCAGCAUCCAGACUUCGCUGAGAAUUACCUCUACUCGGACAACACCGGAUUCUGGGGCGUCUUUUCUUCCCACGUCUCCACUCCCGUGUCCAACGGUUUCUGUGCUGAUUUCACCCCGAGCGUCCACCAAGCUUCUCAAAAGAAACUCGACUGAGCUCCUUCCUCGAUCUUCAAGAGGAGGUUCAGGCAGUCACAUUAUGGCAAAGUUUACUUCCGGGUAUCCGUAACAUUUUUGUCAUUAUUUUACACUUGCUGUUUUUUCUUCUCAGCGUUUCAGCUCUGUCGUUUUGGGAUCGGGAAUGUUUAUUUUUUAAGAGUGGAUUAAAGGGAUUUUUUACGUAAAUCCUUAAAGGCCAAGCACUUAUUUAGUUUUUCAUUUUCUCAUUACUUCGAGUGAUACUGACUGUGCAUGUUUUUAAAAUAUGGGGUGAAAGUGACACAAACAAAUGAAAGGUUCUGAUUGGUAAGGAACUCGUUUGGUGCUUUCUCGCCCUCUUUCUCUCUCUCUCUCCCCAUCACUGCCCACAUUUUCUCAAUGCUUUGUGACUGUAGAUGCCUUUAUAACAAUAUGAAAGUGUUUGCAUGGGCUCGAUGCUAGACAACAGUAUUACUCAGUAUUUGACUAAAUGAUCUUUGAGCACCAGUGACAAAUAUCUGACUCUGCUUGCUUCUGUAUAAGAGUAUCAGAUUUGAGGUGCAAGGGUCCAACUAAGUGCUGGUCUGAAUCAAAAUGAGCCAGUUUAAUGUCUCUCUAUUCUGUUUUCUUUAGCUCAGGGGUUCGGGAAAGUGGCUAAUGUUGUUUUCAUUUCUUUUUCUUGCGUGAGGUUUAUCGUACCACAACCAGUUUAAUUCACAAUCACGUGUCAGUCGGCUGUUUCCCUUUUUUAUUUUAUUAUCAUUUUCAGAUGAACAGAUCAAGUUGCUAAAACAACUCCAUUAACCAAAUCCAUAAUGAAUGUGGUGUAGUUAGUUUUAAGAAUCAGGUAUCUGAGUUUUACUACGUAAUAAAAUGUGUUUUUUAUAAAUAUACAUUUUUCCUGUAUUUUUCACUUAAAAUGACCGAUUGAACGUUCAAAACAAGUAGAAUAAUUUGGCUUUGAAUCAUGUAAAGUUUAUUGUGUGCCUGACAGUCUUCCAGUUUCCCCUGCAUUUUAAAUAAUGCAAUGAAUAAGUUUUAUCUUUAUGUUUUAAGUUUUGAGUCCUUUAUACGAACAAUAAAGUGCCGCAGAGGUGACGUAUUUUGUAAGCCGACCCGGAAGUUAGCGGGACAUUGGUUCCCCUGCCAAAAAGCCAAUUAGUUUUACUUUUUCUUUACUUUUGGAUUUGGAAGGUUUAUAAUACAUACACAUUUUGUCCAAUCAUAUAAUCUUCACAGAUUAACACAACUUUCAUGAAUUUUAAGUCUAUAUCUGUUUACUAGAAAUAAAAAGCUAACUGUAGGCUGUAGUCCUUGUUUUGGUCUCUCAACAUCAACGUCAUUACCACCAAUUUUUGACAGCUCAUUAAACUUUAUUAAACACAUUUAAGAACAUGUUCCCUGAUAAGGAAAUACUCUCUGUGGAUAAAUGUAUGUUGGGAAUCGUGCCCAUGUUGCAUUGUUUUUGAGAUCUUCACACGUGAUGAUGUUUAAAGUCCCCGACAAUGUCUAACAACAUGUCCGCCAUUUUAAAGACACGUUAACGCUUUAAAAAGUUACGAGUGGAUUAAUAUGAUAGAAUAAAACGUUGAAAAAUAUUUUGGGAUUAUGUUAACCCAAAAUCUAAUUUAAAGAGUUUAACCAAAACCCUGUUGAAAAACCCAUUGACUUUAGGACGAUGCAACCAGAAGUGCUGAAAUGCUUACUCGCUCUUGGGUUUUGCUUACAAAAUGAUGACAUCCUGCGGCACUAUAAAAGUCCAAUUUGAUUUGUUUUGACCUAGCCUAAGGAAUGUUGUUUUGUGUUUAAUGAACAAUUUAUUAUGUGGUUGCAUAAAAAAGCUGUAAGACUGAUAAAUCAGUCAAUGAAUCUGUGCAUGUAUGUAAGUGAAGCAGCCAUUAGGUUCAAUUUUUUAAAGCAUGAUAGCUGUUUUUUUUUUAUGUCAAUUUUAGUGCUGUUAUGUUUAUACAUUCAGUUUACCAGAAUAUUCCAAGUUUUCAGUUCAUUUCGAUAAAAGCAGCUGUAUUUCAACCUAAUGUAUGGUUGUAUAAGAUUCGCCUUUUUAUAGUAGAGAUUUUUUUGUUUGUUUUUGGAGAACAUUCCAAUCUCAAGCAUCAGGGGAGAAAAUCAUCUAACGCUAUAAAUGUCAAAUAUCUGAGAGCAAAAGUACUGAUCUAUGGUCAGCCUCAAUCUGUAAAAAGGUCACUAUCAUUUAAAGUGAUCCUAGAUCUGAAUAUAUAAUCUGCACAGUCUGAUACAACCUCUACACUGUACAACCUGUAAAGAAAAAGUACAAAACUGUACACUUUUCUGUCACUUGGUUGGUACCUUAAUGGUUCCUUUUUGUACCUUUACAGGUAUACUAAACACAAUACAAUGUUGUACCAUUUUGGGUUCAUUACUGUACCUUAACUCAUUCCCCGCCAGAAUGAAAGUUGCCUGCCAGCAUUGUUUGGGAUUUUCACAGAAGUUUCACAAAAUGCCUUCCAGGACAAUUUUCUUUUAAAAAUCUAUAAACAUACAAAUAUAUCAAAUGAAGGAACAGACCCUAUGCUUUUAAACAAACAAACAAAAAGGAGGGGAAAUUAUUUUUUUCUCUGCUUAUAAACUCUUAAAAAUAUAACAUUUUGAGCAAAAAGCUGAAAUAACUACGUUUUGGUGAAGGAAUUUUGUUAGAGAUCAGAUUCAGAACGAUUAUCAGAACGGACUGUAAAAUUAAUAAACAAUUUUUGCUUCAGUUUUUUUCAUAAAUUGUGGAAGUGUGCCUUGUGAAUAAUCGUGGUAUUACAGAUUACCAUAAAACUCAUCAGGAACACGUUUUUUUUUGUCAGGCAAAUGUUUUCUCUUAAUUGACAGGAUAACUCGUCAAUGGCAGGGAAUAACCUGGAACAGCAGGUCCUUAAAGGGAUAGUUGACCCAAAAAAUUGUAUCCUGUCAUUCUCACCUUGAUAUUGUUUCAAACCUGUAUAAAAUUCACACCGGAAGAUAUUUUGAGCAAUUUUUGGAAACAAAUCGUUUUUGGGCACCAUUGACUUAGUAGGAAAGAAAAAUACUAUGGAAGUCAAUGGUGCCCAAAAAUGAUACUUCUGUUUCCUGCUUAAUUACAAGUAUAUUAUUUUGUGUUCAGCAAAACCAAGAAAUUGAUACAGGUUUUUAACAACUUGAGGGUAAAUAACGACAGAAUUUUCAUUUUUGGGUGAACUAUCCCUUUAAAAGUACACAAUGGGUCCUUAGGGUAUAAUAUUGUACCCAAAAAAUGUAAAACAUUUUAAUGUGUUGUAUACUCAUAAAGGUACAAAAAGGAACUUUAAGGAUACAACCCCAGAGUCCAAAAAUGUACAGUUUUGUACUUUCUUUCAGACAUGUACUUUUCUAUUAAAAAAUGAAAGUUAGGAAAUUAUUCAGACACAGUUUAGUACUAAAUUCCCCCUCACGUUUUCAGUAAAGCAAUGUUUUAUCUAUGUCACCAUCUCUGACUUGAAAUAAUUUAUAUUUCUGAUAUGUAUUUUGAAUGUUCCGAAUGCAGGGCAUUUUGUGAAUUUUGAUAUACAUAUAAGAAUUGUUUUCACUGCCAUGAAAGAUCUGUGAUUUGAAGUGUUAUUUACAAUGACUGAAUUGAUAGACUUGUAUCUUUAGCUUCACUUUGGACUAUUUUGUUAUUUUAUGCUGUUUUCCUUGAUAAUCAUUACUGUUACAUUCUUUUUUAUUCCCCUCACUUAGGAAAUUUCAUAAAUGUUAUUGUUGGCCUUGAAUUAGUCUUUUUUUUUUUUGAGAAGAAGAGAAUGUAUUGACAAUCCAUCACAAUCAAUAGUACAAAUGUAAACGCCGUGUCAUACAAUAUAUUCGACUAUCUGCAUCUACUCACAAGAAAGACUUUAAGGACACGGCUCAAACAGUGAGUUGUGAGUGAAGGACGCUUGAACCAGACGUACAGUCUUUGUACAGAUGACGGUUUGAGUCGCUAACUCGCCACACUGUUUGUUUUCAAUCCAGUUCUCAUGGGUUCCCCCACUCUUAUCCCAAUUUGAUAUUUAUGUAUUUGUGCUGGCACUUUAGAUUCCUAAACUUUUUUUCUGAAUAAUGUGAUGCUGGUUUGCAUGUUAAAGUGAUUGGUUAUGAUGUCACCGUGGUCGAUACCCAAACAGACCGCAUGGAGGUUUUAUUGUAAUGACAGCUGAAGGGGAUUGUGGGUUUGCUCAGUGCUAUUUUAAUCCCUGACUGCUCGAUCGUUCUCUGACUAGUAUGCACUAAACUAGUGUUAUACACUGAGAGCGUAUAUGGGAAGUUUUUUUGUUGAUCAGGUGCUUUUUGAAUGUUUGGAGUAUUAGAGAUAAAUGUCUGUUUUGCUGUUAAACAGGGAAAGUGAAAUGUGACUGAGACAUGUUUUUAUCACAUUUAUUUUGAAAACCUUUUAUUUUAUGCUGAAGGUCUAGAUUAAACGAGGCCGACAGGAACCCUGAGCAGACCCCGGUUAACUUAGCUUACUAAAUAUUUGGAGAAACAGUGAUUUAUGAUUUUUAUUUGAAUCAAAUUUAUAAAUGGAAUAAGGGUCCAGCUGUCUCUCCAUUGUAAAACUUUUUUUACGUAUAGUUAAUUUUAAAUACCUCACAGGAAGACUUGUUCUACUCUGUUUUGUAAAGCUUUCCUAAACUUGAAAAUCUUAUUUAUUUUACUUUUUCCGCCUGUGACGAUGUUUCAAACUGAGCUGAAGAUGAAAGACCGAGCUGCUUUUUCAUGCGAUGAGUCUUUCUGAUGGCUCUUCUGUUACUUGUUUCGGCUAAUGUAGAUGUUGUAGGUUUGUUUUCUAUUUUAUCCCGAGUUUUGUUUUUUAUGUAUCCAAAGAGUCAUUUUUACAAGAUACCUGGACUUGUCUGUUUCGACUGCUAUGAAAUGUCUUGUCAUUCUGACUCUAAUAAAAAGGGACUCUUGACUACA